GUUCACUAGCAGAGCAUGGACGGCUGAAGAUGGAGGGCUACAAAAGUUUCCUCUUCUUCCUCAUCUCCUCCCUGCUGCUGGGAUUUGCGCUGGUUAUCUUUGUCCUGGUCUGGGUGCUGCAUUACAGCGAUGGACUGGCAUGGAACGGAGACAGUGCGGAAUUUAACUGGCACCCCGUAUUGAUCAUCACUGGAUUCGUCUUUAUGGAAGGCAUCGCUGUAAUAGUAUACAGAUUGCCAUGGACCUGGAAGUGUAGCAAGCUGCUAAUGAAAUUUAUACAUGCUGGGCUGCACCUGACCGCGGCUGUCCUUGUUAUAAUAGCUUUGGUGGCCGUUUUCGACUUUCACAAUGCCAAAAAGAUACCAAACAUGUACAGUCUACACAGCUGGGUUGGCUUGGUGGUUGUCAUCCUUUUUAUGCUGCAGAUUGUUGUGAGUAUUGUGGUUUUUCUAAUUCCAACCACCCCUGUCUCUGUUCGAGCGGCCCUCAUGCCAGUCCAUGUUUACGGCGGCCUCCUGCUUUUUGGUGGAGUGAUUGGAACAGCUCUUAUGGGAAUCACAGAGAAGCUGAUAUUUUCAUUGAAAAACCCACCUUACAGCAGUUUACCACCACAUGCAAUCUUUGUCAACACUCUGGGAAUUCUCAUUGUGGUCUUUGGUGGACUUAUUAUAUGGAUAGCCACUCGACCAGACUGGAAACGGCCUCCAGAGCCUACAGUGAAGGAGCAUUCUUCCUAUAGAGAGACAUCUAUUCCUCCCCCAGAGUACAGCAAAACAGACAAGUCUGAUGUGGAAUUAAAUAGUGAAGCAGCCAGAAAAAGAAAUCUAAACUUGGAUGAAGCUGGGCAAAGGUCAACCAUGUAA